GCUUCCUCCGCGAACGUCAACAAACCGCCGGGGUCGAAGGGAAGCAAGGGGAGCUUCCUGUGGCGAGCGGCUGAGACUUCCCAUGCUAGGUAUUCGAGCCUUCAAGAGUCUCCAUAGGGUAGUCAGUAGUUUAUCUUCGUUGCGGUUACAUAUAGAGAUGCCGUUCUAUGCUGUUGCCAAGGGCAAGAAGCCCGGAGUUUACGCCACAUGGCCAGAAUGUCAGGCUCAGGUCACAGGCUUCCUUGGGGCUCGCUACAAAAAGUUUGCGACUAUGACAGAGGCUGAAGAAUUUAUAAAAGGGAGCUCAUCAUCAAAUGUCAUAGACAACCGACAGGCAUCAUCUCCAGUCACAUCAAAUAAGAUAGAUAUUAGAAGCUCAGCAGCAAGUGCCAGAGAAAAGGUGAAACAGAAGUCACUGAAUGUAAACACAGCAUUUGCAAAAAAUGAUAAUAAUAAUGAUGAUGGCAGAUUAAGCCCAACACUCGUACAAAUGAAGCAAGAUAUGAAGAGGUUGCAGAAAGAGUUAUCAGAUCUGAGGUCCAAGUUUGAUGAGUACGUUGCUGAAAAGUCAAGAGGAUCAGGGUUCACCUCGCAGACUCAGGGCUUCCACACGUCUGCUGUUGUGCCGGGCAAGAGGAAGAGGGAAAAGAGUCGAGAGGAAGUAAUCGAUCUCGAUCUUGACGAGCCUUCAACGAGCAUCAGAAAGACGGACUUCACUGACAGUCGAAGUGACAACACAAAGUUCGUCACCGACAAUGACGGAUUCCUGAUAGUAUUUACAGAUGGCGCUUGCGAAAGCAAUGGCCGAGUGGGAGCGAAAGCAGGUGUUGGAGUGUACUUUGGGAGAAAUCACCCACUCAAUGUCGCCGAGCCAGUCCGAGGAAGACCAACCAACAACACGGCAGAAAUCCAAGCUGCUACAUAUGCCCUAGAGUUAGCGCAUGCCUCAGGUUUUGACAAAGUGGCAAUUCAUACAGAUUCGCAGUUCAUGAUCAACUGCAUGACCUCGUGGUUGAAGAGCUGGAAGAGGAACAACUGGAAGAAGAAGGACGGGGAGCAGGUGAAGAACAAGGACGACCUGAUGGACUUGGACAAAGCCUCGGAGGGGUUGAUGGUGAAAUGGGUACAUGUGAAAGGUCACUCGGGCAAUGUUGGUAAUGAAGAAGCAGACAGACUAGCCAGAGAAGGUGCAAAACUUUAUAAACAAGAUCAGCAGUAUUAGCACAAAUGCAUUUGAUAGUGCUGGAGUAGACUGUAUACUGUGUUCUUCCAAGUUAAUAUGAAUUAUGUCUUUUCUUUGGAUAAAUGUAAUAUAUUUGGAUACAUUAAAGGCUGUGAUGAAUA